AUGCAUUCAAUAGAUUACCCACCUGCUUCAAGAUCGAUCCAAACACUGACGUUGACCGAAAAAUUAUUAAAAAUUGGUCGUAAUACUCCUUGUGCAGCAGAUGUUCAUUCGGGGAGUAUAUGUCCAUGUCUUGGUUGGAAACCUAAAAAAGAUAAAAAAGAUAUUAAAGAUCGAGCAGAUUUAUGUCAGUGUAACCAUCGGGUUAGUUUGCAUGGCGAGAGUCAAUUGACUUCAGAUGAAGCAUUUAAAGCACGUUUAGAAAUAGCAAUGGAAAUUGAUACAAUUUUAGAAUCAAAGAAUAAAUUAUUAGAUUUUGAUUAUGAGGAUGAUGAAUUGUUAAAUUUAAGAAGAAAACUCGUUGCAGUAGGAGAAAAUUCCUCCAAUUCAAAAAAACGAAAGUUAAAUGAUGAACGUGAGAAUGGUCCUAAUGCGCGUAAAACUAAAAUCGAUGAAUUUACAAUACCUGAUAAACCAGCGAUGAUUGAAGAACGUCAAGGCAUUAUUAAAAAGGAAAUAUUAACCAAUGAUGGCAAAAGUUCAAAAAACCUUGUUCUUCUAACAGGAUUGAAAAAUCUAAUUAAAAUUCAAUUGCCUAAUAUGCCACCAGAAUAUAUAACACGACUCGUCUAUGACAAUCGUCAUUAUUCUUUAACAUUUGUCAAAGAUGGGAAUCGAGUUGUUGGUGGGAUAACUUAUCGAUUAUUUCCAGAUAAUCAAUUAGCAGAAAUUGUAUUUUGCGUUGUUAGUUCUACUGAACAAGCGAAGGGAUAUGGUUCACAUUUAAUGAAUCAUUUGAAGGAUCAUCUUAAAGAUAAAGAAGGAAUUAAACAUUUAAUGACUUAUGCUGAUAAUCACGCCAUGGGAUUUUUCAAAAAAAAUGGAUUCACAACUGAUAUCACUCUCGAUAGAUCUUUAUGGAUGAGCUUCAUUAAAGAUUAUGAUGAAGCAACAAUCAUGCAGUGCACGAUGAUCGAGAAGGUGGAAUAUUUAAAAUUGCACGAAACUCUCGCUAGGCAAAGGAAGGCAAUUAGGGACAAAAUUGCUGAGCGAAGAAAAAACACCCCACGUUAUCAGGGAUUAGAUAUUUUUAAGAACGGGGCUGAAUCCGGCUGGAAUGAAGAAAUGGAAGCUCGUGCUCGCGGUAAUAAAAAAUCCAUACGUAAUAUUAUGGCGAAUAUUACCAGCGAACUUAAGAAAAAUCCUAAAUCUUGGCCAUUUCGAAAUGCUGUCAGUCAUGAUGAAGUGCCCGAUUAUUAUAAUGUUAUUAAAAAUCCAAUGGAUCUUUCGAAAAUUGAAAAGAAAGUAGAAAGUAAUUGUUACAAAUCCAUCGAUGAUUAUAUUUCCGACAUAAAAACUAUAUUUAGUAAUUGUCGUCUUUACAACGCCGAAGGGACGAUAUAUGUGAAGUGUGCUGCUGGUCUUGAAAAAUAUUUUAUCGAGAGAUUAAAAUUUUAUGAUGUCCCAUUUACCGGAUCAAAGAAGUGA